CCUGUCAUGAGAUCUUGCCUGGCCCCUGGCUGCUCCUCCUGCAGUUGAUGACUCUGCAGCCGGUGUGGAGAUGACGGACAGUGUCAGAGCGUUUCUCCGCAAUGUUGCGACGGGGAUCAAGGACUCCAUCCUGGGCAUUGGAACCAUUUCCAAGCUGGAUGCUCGGAUUCAGCAGAAGAGGGAGGAGCAGAGGAGGCGCAGGACAUGCGGGACCCUGGCAAUGAGACGGGCUCAGAGCGAGGAACGAAAACAGGACAGUGAACCGAAACUAGCAAGUCGAAUUUUCCAGUGCUGUGCUUGGAACGGAGGCGUAUUUUGGCUAAGUCUGUUCCUGUUUUAUCGAGUGUUUAUCCCACUGCUGCAGUCCAUCACUGCUAGAAUCAUAGGUGACCCUUCUCUGCAUGGUAAUGUGUGGUCCUGGCUGGAGUUCAUUCUGACAUCUGUAUUCAGUGCUCUCUGGGUUCUGCCUCUCUUUGUGCUUAGCAAGAUAGUCAACUCCAUUUGGUUCCAGGACAUUGCUGAUCUGGCGUUUGAAGUGUCUGGACGUAAAGCUCAGCCUUUUCCCAGCGUCAGCAAGAUCAUUGCAGACAUGCUCUUCAAUCUUCUGCUCCAGGCCCUCUUCCUCAUACAGGGAUGGAUUGUGAGUCUCUUCCCCAUUGAUGCUAUUGGUCAGCUGGUCAGUCUCCUGCACAUGUCUCUGCUCUACUCGCUUUACUGCUUUGAAUAUCGCUGGUUUAAUCACGGGAUUGAAAUGCACCAAAGGCUGUCAAACAUUGAGAGGAACUGGCCGUAUUAUUUUGGUUUUGGUUUGCCCAUGGCACUACUGACUGCGCUGCCCUCUUCAUACAUCAUAAGCGGCUGUUUGUUCUCCAUUCUCUUCCCGCUUUUCAUCAUCAGCGCUAAUGAAGCAAAAACCCCAGUCAAACUCUACCACUUCCAGCUCCGCCUCUUUUCCCUGGUCGUCCUCAUCAGUAACAAACUCUUCCACAAGACGGUUCACAUGCAGAGCUCCAUCACGACCUCCACGUCCACAGAGAAACUGCCCUCGCCUCACGUAUCCCCAACGCGCCAGCGACCUCUACCCCCCCAGUGACCUCUUUCAGGAGUCCUAACUUUGUUCGAGUUGAAAGAGUCAGGCGGAUAGGAAAACGAUUAGGUUUGCGUCAUCUGAAUUUGAAAGUGUGUGUCGACUCGAUGUUCUUCUGUGGGAUGAAUCGGACAGGUUAGUAUUGUAAUUGCCCGGUGUUCAAGACUGGAUACACACAAGGUCAUGAUUCUCUAUGUGAUUUUGUUUUGUUUUGUUUUUGGACUAUUUUUGUACCCAUGACGUGCCAUUUGGGUGAUUUGUAGAGACAGCACAAAGACCUCAGCA